UGGAGAUAAACUCUGCUUUCUGCGACCUAUUUUUUAGUGUUGGGUGCUAAGAACCUAACACCAACCCUUUGCUAUGGGAAUGGCAUGCUAACAAUAAAUGCUCUGAUUCACUCAGUCAAAGACAAAUCUCGUCAUGGGAGAGCUUUCCUCUUAGCCUGUAGUUUUCUUUCAUCUCUUCUUCGCUGCACUCCUUCAGUUCCUCAGCUAAAUACAAGCUACUGUACACAUUUGUAUAUACAGUGUGGGAAAUCCUGAUGCUCUUGAAGUUAAUAGGAAUUUUCCCUUGGUUACAACAGGGGUGGGAUUUAAUGUGAUGUGAGACUCUUCCCUUAUCAGAAAGCACAGUGAAACUGAGAUAAAGUGGUCAGUGCAGAGACAACAUGUUUCUUGUUUAAUAACAACUGAUAUUAGGGUCUCGAAGGACUUCGAUUUUCACAGCAAAGCUUUAGAGUAAACAUUGUUGGAGACUAUUGCUUUGUGAACUUUGGAAUUUGCCACACAUUGCAGGAUGGUUCAAAUGUGGUGCUGGAAAAGGACGGCACAGACUGCCCGCAUCUGUUCAUACAGUGACAUUCACAGGUGCUCUUGGUUUGUCAGGAUGAGGUCUGUACCAUUCUGGUGUUCUACUUUUGUGAGGUAUGAUCAGAAGGUCUUUGUGAUGGGCAGCAGAGUUGCAAAUGUCUGUCAGACUGGUGGUAUCUUAGCCCCAUGUCUGGACAGAAUCCCUGCCAAGACAUUCUGCAGCUUCACAAGACAGGAGGAAUGCAUAUGAGGAGCGGUGAUAUGAAGAAACCUUCUUGAAGUUCAUGUAGAAGAAACCUUGGCUUGUAGGAAAUCUUCUAGAACAGAUUGCAACCAUUGUCUUCCCCUGAAGUAGCUGUACAAGAUGAACAGUCUGUGAUAAUACUCCUAACUAUCUGACUUGAAAGAACAUGUUUUCGGGUUGCUCAGCAUGGUGUGGGGACCAGUUACCAUGAAAGGAUGCUGCACAUGAAAACUGUUUAAAAUUUUCAUAUAAUAACAGAAAUAACAGAAGUGCUUUGCAGGCGAUUGAGGUGUGCUAUUCAUAAAGAGAAGACAUUCAGGUUUUCAUGGGCAGUGUCUGACUGAGGAGUAGCCAUUGCUGGCCAGGCCACAGAAGCUCAAGACUCUCUGAUGUCCCCCAGCAGGUGAUGGGCAUUCCAGUGCGACCAAGGCCUGUCCAGAGCAGAGCUGUGCAGCACCAGAGCAGCUAGCGUGGCUGUGGCGGAGUGUGGCUCCAUGGAGGGCAGCGGCACAGUGGAGGAGGAGGAGAGUGGGGCUGGGUCUGGAGCCCCACCACUCACCCUGUCCUCCCCCUGCAGCUUCAGCUCUUCUCUGUGCUUCAGCUCUGCCACCUCUGAGCAGGGAGCCCCGUCACCAUCCUCUACCGGCAGUCAUGUGGUGGAAAGCCAGUGGGAGCUCAACAGCGUGGCCUCUGAGUCAGAGGAGGAGGAGGCGAGUGCACGGGAGCCACCAGCUGGCACACAGCCUUCAGGGCGGCCAGCCGAGGAGCCUGACCUUGUGAUUGAGGUAUCAGGGCAGCGCAUCCGGGCACACAAGUCAGUGCUGGCGGCCAAGAGCGAUUACUUCCGAGCCCGCGCCUCACGAGACAUCCUGCGGGUGAAGGGGGUGAGCUACGGGGCGCUGAGGCUACUCAUUGACUAUGUCUACACAGCCCGCAUGGGUGAGGUGCGGCACGACAACCUGGCCGAGGUAGUGAGUGGUGCCCGUGUCCUCCAGAUGCCCUGCGCCUUGCACUGUGCUGCCGAGGCCAUGCGCGCCCAGCUGCGCCUUGACAACUGCUAUCAGCUCCUCUGCCUGGCCAAGAAGCAACGACUGGCGGAGCUGCGGGAGGCCGCCUACCGCUUCAUGAGUGACCACUAUCUGGAGGUGCUGCGUGAGCCAGGCGUCUAUGGCCGUCUCAGUGGGGCAGAGAGGGACCUUAUUCUGCAGCGGCGCCUGGAGGCUGGCCGGCGCUGCCUAUUGGUGGCUGAAGUCAGUGAUGCUUUCGAGCGGCCUGGUGGUGGCAGCCGUCCACAGAGCCGUGAGAGCAGCCGCCCGCAGAGCCCCUCUUCUGUGAUGUCCUUAGAGGAGAGUGGCUCCCUCAUCCAUUGCUACCAUGAGGCCAGCCAUGAGUGGAGGGUGCUGACGCGUCUGCCUGAGGAGGCCAAUGCCAAGGGCUGCGCCAUGUGUGUCCUCCACAACUACCUCUUCCUGGCAGGGGGCAUUGUUGCAGGGCCGGCGGGCAGCGAGCCGCGGGCUCGCCUCUCUGACAAAGUCUUCUGCUACAACCCCCUCACUGACACAUGGAGCCAGGUACGCCCACUGGCACAGCCUCGCUCACAGCUGAAGCUGCUGGCUCUGGAUGGCUACCUCUACGCUGUGGGGGGUGAGUGCCUCUUCACCGUGGAGAAGUAUGACCCACGGGCUGAUCGCUGGAGCCCUGUUGCGCCACUGCCCAAAGGAGCCUUCGCUGUUGCUCAUGAGGCCACCACUUGCAAUGGGGAGAUCUAUGUCUCGGGAGGAUCCCUUUUCUACCGACUGCUCAAGUAUGACCCCAAGCGUGAUGAGUGGCAGGAGUGUCCUUACAACAGCAGCCGUCGGCGCUCCGCCGACAUGGUGGCCUUCAAGAACUUCAUCUAUCGCUUUGACGUGAGCAGUGGCCGUGGUGGAGAGCAGGGUCCAGGUGGUGGGACUGGCGGUGGUGUUGAAGUUUUUCGAUACAACACAGUGGCCAAGCGCUGGAGCCAGUGUGCCAGCUUGCGGCCCAGCAGUGGCCCCGUCCAGCCCUUCCGUUGUGCUGCCUUGGGUAACACCAUCUACUGUGUCAACCGGACUGGCACUCUCCGCUUCAACUUAGCCCAGGAUGGUGAGGUGGAAGCGGAUGGUGGGCUCAAGGGUACCUUUGAUGGUGAGCUUCUCAAAGCUCCAUUUGAUGCUAAGGGCCUCCUCCUACCCUUUGUGCUUACUCUUCCGGAGAAGCUGGAGAAAGCUGGGGACCAAGAGGGUUCCCUCUCGCUGUGAGUGGCCAGUCUCGCUCUGGCCCGCCGGUCAGAGGGCUAGAUUACUGCUUUUGGGGAACACGCAAAUUCACUCCCACAGAAGGGACUCUCUCCAACAUGUCUGCAGAGAGAAGGGGCUCUCCCCCUUCCCCUCCCAAGGUUUUGGUCUGGAAGUGCUUGGUUGUCACUUGGGUAACUCCUACUGUGUUGCCUUGCUUUGUGUGGAAAGCUGAGCAAACCAGAGGAGAAGCUGCUAUAAAAAGAUAAUCUCUGGAUUAUGUUUGUGUCAGUUCCUGACACUUUUUUGCACCUGGAGUUCUAAAAAUUCCUGACAACAGUGUCAUAAUGAAAUGUUCUGGUUAGUAUUGGUUGUGUGUAUGCAUGUAGUUGUGAUCUGGGCUGGAGCCUCUUCUGCCACCUGUUUUCUUUUUUAUCCUGGAUGAUUCCAGGGGAUAAGCACUGCUGGCAACAUUGCUUAACUGUAUUUGUUCUUAUGUCAAAUCAACUGUUUCCUCUGCUAGAAAAGUAUAGGAAGAUCAUCUCAAUCACAGCGUCUCAGUGCAAUAGAUUGCUAGAUUGUUUUAGGAAGACAUGGCACUGUGUGGUCCCAGGAAUUUCAACCGUGAUGAUGUAACAGAUACCAGACUUAAAGCUUUAAGCAACACAAAUGUGUGCCGCAUGUUCAUAUUUGGAAUAUACAAAAAAAAAAAAAAAAAAAAGGAAGUUGUUUAAAAUGUGGCGUGUCAUGGCAGAUAUGAAAUGUUGAUAUGUUCUUUAUUUGAAAAAGGCAAUGGUUUCUGUAUAAAAAGACAUUGUUUUAUUACUUUUUUAUCAGAGAUUUUAAAUUAUAACAAAAGUGGACCGAAGCUGUUUGGACUAUGGCAGAUUUACAUGACCAUAUAGACCACUAGAGCUGUGGGAAAUGUUUUGUACUUCAACUACUCUUUAAUUAACUGCAGGUCGAGGAAAAUUAAUCUAAACCAAAUGUAAAUUCUUUGAAACUGUCUGUAGACAGCUUAAAUGUUUCAUUGUAUGUUCAGUACCCUGUGGCAAGAGGCUUUUCCAACUUAAUGCAAGACCAUCAAAGGAGGACAUGGUAAACAGGAAUGUGCUACACAUGUUGAUUUUAUUGUGCACUAGCGUGAUGUUAUUUCCCUAUCUUUGGAUUGAAAGACUGCUUUAUUUAUUUUGAUUGAUUGCUGUAGUCAAUAAGCCCUUGUCAACUGCAGUACAUGCUGAUGGCCUAUGCUGUCAUUGGGAUUCCAAACCACUCAGGUGCUGUUUAUGGAGCAGCAUCCUAACGAGACACAACCCCAGAGAAAUUCUUCUUGCCUGUGCAAAGUCGGAGCAUACUUUUUUUGUUGUGUUACUUGGAACUGGAAAAGCAUAAACUGUCUACACAGACAAACUAUACUGAA